AUGUUUCGGACUCAACAAAAUCCAUUUGAUGAUGCCGUCAUCAAGGCGACUGAUGAAAACUUAACUUCGGAGAACUGGGAAUAUAUCAUGGAUAUCUGCGAUAGGGUAAUAGUUGAAGAAAAUGGUAGUAAAGAUGUCGUAGCUAGUAUGAUAAAGCGGCUGGCACACCGAAAUGCCAACGUACAACUCUACACGUUGGAGCUUGCCAACUCGUUGAACCAAAACUGUGGUCCCAAAUUCCAUCGAGAGCUUGCCUCAAGAGCGUUUACAGAUGCUCUGCUCCGCUUAGCAGCUGAUAGGAAUACUCAUCAACAAGUUAAGUCAAAAAUACUAGAAAAAAUGCAGGAGUGGGCAGAAAUGCUGCAGGAUCCAGAUUUUGGGAUCAUGAAGGAUCAGUACCUGAAGCUUAAAAGCCAGAAUCCAAAUUUACACCCCCCCUCAGCACCAAUAAAGAGUAGUCUAACGGACUUGGAUCGGCAGAAAGAGGAGGAGGAGCUACAGAUGGCGCUCAAGCUAUCAAUUCAACAAGAUAAGCCAGAAGAAUCAAAUGUACAGCUCAAAGCAGUGUCAACAACGCAGUUAGAUCAGUCGAACCAGCUGUACCAAGCACCAACUGAAGUAGCAACCAGUAAACCAUUGGCCUCUUGUACCACAGCCGCCACAGUCUCACGAGUUCGGGCGGUUUACAAUUUUCAGGCUUCCGAGCCGGAUGAGUUAACUUUUGUAAAGGGUGAUGUCAUUGCAGUCCUAGAGUCUGUAUAUAAGGAUUGGUGGAAGGGAUUGCUCAGAGGACAGACUGGUAUCUUUCCACUGAAUUAUGUUGAAAAACUCGCAGAUCCGACACCUGAAGAAAUUCAAAAAGAGGCUCAGACAGAGGCCGAAGUAUUUGCAGAAAUCAAAAAUGUCGAAAGAUUACUCACAUUAUUAAGUAAAGCAAGUCCUGAAUUAAAUAUUCAGGAUAAUGACGAGAUUGGGAAAUUAUACUACUCGACUCUAGCUAUUCGACCGAAGCUUAUCGAAUUGAUUAGCAAAUACUCGCAGAAAAAGGAUGAAUUCACCCAACUUAAUGAGAGGUUCAUCAAGUCUUGCCGCGACUAUGAAAGUUUACUCGACACUUCCAUGACUCAAAAUCAGUCUCUUUAUGGCCAGUACACCAGCCACUCACCAGGCCGAGCAUAUCCAACGCCAUCUACCAUUCAACAAGGUCCUGAAACAUUUUAUUCCUCCAAUUCAUUACAUAAUGAGCCAUCUUAUCCACAAAACCCACCAUCUUCUCAAAAGUUCCAUCCUCAAAGAAAUGGUCCAUUACCAUUUUAUGUCGCCCCUCCAGGACAACAAUCCUUUGUGGAAACUCAUGGUCCAAUCUAUCAAAAUUCUCAUCAAGAUACUGGGUCUUUUGACUCCUUAAGUGCACUAAAGCCUGCACCUCUCCAGACAAGUCCACCGCCCACAAGCUCAUACCCUAUUCCCCAACCAUCACAGGCAUCCACUCAAGGAUAUCCACAAGACAGUGGCUAUCCUGUCAGUCCGGCAGGCCAAGAGUCUUCCACACCUCAACCUAGAUACAGCGCCUACGUUCCUCCGCAAAAACCAGUCUACAAUCAGCAACAGCCAAGUAAUGAGACCACUACCCCAUUUACAAACCUACAUCCUCCACCUGCUUUAAAAGCUGGCUAUCCCGUGUCUAACCAGUCCACCGAAUCUUUGGGUGUUUGGCAACCCGCGACGAAUCAGGUGCCUUUUAAUCCUUACCAGCGACCUGCAUCAAUUUCAGAUCAUCCUUCUACAGGGCUGCCCGAAGAUCCUUCAAAUUUUUAUCGCCUGAGCGAGGCCCCAUGA